AUGGUCAAGAAUAUUCUUUGUCAUGCGAUUUAUCAGCUUGUGAUCUUGUUUACCAUCUUCUAUUAUGGUAAGCAUUUACGAAAGUUUUCAAGCGAUCAAAUCUUCAAUAUCAAGUCAGGCCUGUACGCCCCACUCUUUGCCCCACCUUCACAACAUUUCACAAUUGUAUUCAACGCCUUUGUAAUGAUGACUAUCUUCAAUGAAAUCAACGCUAGAAAAGUUCAUGGCGAGAGAAACGUCUUCAAGGGUCUUCUCAAAAAUCGUGUGUUCUGUGUGAUUUGGCUCUCUACAUUCAUUGGACAAAUUCUCAUCACCCAGUUUGGUGGUGCAUGGUUUUCAACUGCUCCACUGAACGGCACACAG